UGCAUCCCUUCGCAUUUCUGAGGGUGUGGAAAAAUGUCUAUAGUUGUGUUUUGAGUCGAAUUUAUGUGUUUUUAAAACAUGGUUUUCGACUGUUGUCUCGAUGAGGGCACACGGCAAGCAAAGCAGAAGUCGAAAGACAUUGAUAAAAAGAUAAGCCGUGAAAAGGAGCGCUUUCGAAGACAAGUAAAGAUCUUGCUUUUGGGCGCCGGGGAAUCUGGCAAGAGCACCUUUUUGAAACAGAUGAGAAUCAUUCACGGGGAAGACUAUGAUGUCUCUGCCUUGGCUGAAUUCAGACCGGUAGUUUAUAGUAAUAUUUUAAAAGGGAUGAAGGUCCUUGCCGAUGCAAGGAGGAAGCUUGGCAUCGAAUGGGGAGAUGCGAAUAAUCAAAGAUAUGCUCGGACCAUAUUAGACUUCCAAGCACCUCAGAAAAUUGAGACAAGUCUAUUUUUGCAAUACGUCGAUGCCGUGAACAAAUUAUGGCAAGAUGAGGGUAUUCAGACUUCGUACGAUAGACGAAGAGAGUUUCAGUUGGUAUGUUUUAUUCUAUUGAGUUAUUAUUAUGAUAUGAAAAUAUGACGUUGUUUAGUCAAAUAUAGCUAUAUAAUCGCAUUUUCCAAUAAAAUCGUUCUGUAAACACGGCUUUCGGCUAUAAUAUUCUACGCUAUUGCUUAAUGAAAGCUUUUUAAUGUGGUAUUUGGUCUAUUGUGUGUUUUAAAUAGCUUAAAAUGAAGUCGAGAGUUGAUCGUUGUUCGAUCUUUUGACCGCCAUACUGCAACAUAUUUCGGCUUGACAAUGUCAUGUCACGAAAUGGCAUUUUCAUGCUUCCUCGGCUUCAACGUUGCUGUCUUGACUCUCUUUAACAAUACUUUAAUGAACAUUUACAAUAUCUAGACCAUCUGCUAAAGUUUAGACUUUUAAUUUGCUGUUUUGUGCGAUAGGAAAAUAUUAAUUUCGCCCGUGUAUUGUGGCAAUUUACAAAUUAGAAUAUCCAGCCUCGCGGCUUUCGUGAGAAAGGUUGCAAAUUUAGUCAUUUACGGUGAAAUUUUUGCUUCUUUUAGGGCGAUUCGACGAAAUAUUUUUUAGAUCAGCUGCAUAGAGUGGGCCAGCCGGUAAGUUUGGAGAGUUUCAUAAAUUCUUUAAGUAGAUUAGCAUUAAUAUUUCAGAAAUAUUAAGUCCCAAAGGAGUACAAAUACAGUCAAAGUACACUGGAAUUCGUGUGAUUUCAUGCUCAAAUUUUGUUUUUAUUUCACUAAAAAGCAAGGAGGGCUCGCUUUGAAUGCAGUUUUAAUGCGGCAAACCACAUUUAUUAAGUUAAGAUGGCGAUAAUUUUUGUUCUAUAUUAUCUCACAUUUAAUGAAUUGUUUCACUCUUAAACUCGGGUGGGCUUAAAUACUAACACAUGGCGACAAACUCAUCUCAGAUAGGCAAAUUUUGCCAAGCGAGCAAUAUUCCUUCGUCUCGGAUUUGAUAUUGUUUUGAUACCAUCAAAUGCAUGCAACUUCAUGAUAUUAUUAAAUAAAUAUUCAGCAAAUCUCUGGCAAAAUAUGAGCAUAAUUUAAAUUUUUUUCUGAGCUUUUUCCCCUGUUAAUUAUACAUUGUUGUGGAGUUUUGAAACCGUAUAAAAAUAAAAGCUUUAUCCCCAAUUUUCGUGAGAAAUUUUUUCGUGGAAGGUUAUUAAAUACAUGGUGUGAAAAAUAGCAUUGCCUAUGUAUAUUCCUUGCUUUUAUUAUUCAUUAAUAACGCCCAGAUUGUUGUCUACCUAAUAUUUUUUCACACCCCUCUGUCAGCUGCCUGCUUCCACUAAAAUUUGGACGGUGUGACCUAAUUUGAAGUCUUUUAAAGGAUUAACUUUGCCAGUCAUCUGGCAUAAAAGAGUGCUUAAGUUUUGUACGGUAAGACAAAAGAAUUCUUUUAGUCAACUUUGAAAUUUUAAUUGCGAAUUUAUAUUGAUUAAAAGUGGUGCUGCUUUUUUAUGACGAGAAUUUUAAUAUUCAAAGAUACAUCUUUCCAACUUCACGUGAGAUUUUAGAAUGAUCAGAGAAUAAAAUAUACAUUGCUUCGAGCCGAUUUGAACCACUGGCAUCUUUAGGCUUACAGAAUGCUGCCCUAUCCGACUAGACCUAUUAAAGCUAUUUUUGGGAUUUAAAACUAUUUUUAUCCUGUCUAAGUGCAUGGAAUUGGGUUUUAUAUAUUGUUUUUGAUGAGGUCUUAUUUUAUGUAACUCUUUGACAUAUCAGUGUCAUUUGGCAGUAUUUAAAUCAUUCGCUAUUAAAUUCAGUGAAUAUGAAUUUUUCUGACAAGACAAAAGGCUCAUUGCAAAAACGAACUCGCAAGGUCUCUUUGCGAGUACUUGCAUCUAAUUAAAGUAAAUCUCGAGCAAUUUGAUUCGAUUAAAUGCAAGAACUCGCAAUGAGUUCAUGCCAUUGAUAACUGAUUGGUUGCCAGCAAUCUGUUAAUAUUUCUGUUACUGUCCACAGAAAGUAUUUGACAGUCCAUGUAUACCAAAUACAGUAGUCAGUCCAUGCUUCAGAAUGGAUAACAAUAUUUGAAAUGCACCAAUAUCACUGUCUUGACAGGGGGAGUAUGAGUGUAUAUGGGCAAUUCACAACAUGUUAGUAUCCUUGUAGAGGAUUUUUGUAUUCCUCUGACAUAAUUAGGAUUAUUCUAAGGGCGGGGUUAAAUGCAAGCUCUAAAGACUCUUUAAGCUACAAUACUACACAAUGUUUAGUUGCCAUUUUUAUAGAUAAAGUUUGUAGAUAAAGCUUCUCACUGAAGUUAUAACUUGACCUGGAUCUUCUGUGGUUGAAACUGUUUUUCCAAAAAUAUUUUAAAAGGUUGCCGGAGCCCCUGCCUUCUUUGGUCAGCUGUAAUUGCGACACUUUCUUCCAGCCCCGACUGGAAAGUCAGAGGAAAAGUUGUAAAUCACAAGCGUGAUGCUUUGAUAUGCUGCAUCACAUCAGAUUACCUUGGGGACAGAACUGAGCCAAUUAAUAUCCACCAUUAUCGUUAAAAUAAUAUAAGCCAAGUCUACCGGAAUUAUACUGUAGAUUCAUUAAGGUUUGCAAAAUAAAUAAGAAAUGAUCUUGUUUAAUCCACAGAAGCAAACAUUUGUAACUUGUGUAUAUACGUAUCAUUGUAGAAAUAAUCAUUCCUGUACUAGUUAAUAUUUCUUUGUGAUCGACGGUCAAAAUUUCUCCUAAGAAUGGUAAACAGUAUUGUUAAUAUAAUUUCUUCUAGCCACUAUGUCGAUUGGUUGCCUUUCUCAGUCUUGAUAGCUUUGUCGUAAAAAUGUAAAAUAAUAUCAGCCUUCAUUAAAACUUUUUAAGAUACUCAGCACCCAAUUGGCAAUGACUGUAUUUAUAGUGCCAAAAUUUGAACCUAUUGAAUAAAAAAUGUGUCGUAUGAAGCAACCUUUUCGAAUCGAUUUUCAUUGUUUUGAAAACUUAAAAAAUCUAAUGCCCGUAUUCUAAAAGCUCACUCACACUCAAAGAGUGGAGUUUCAAUCUGAGCUUCCCUUGAGUGCCAAUGUAGUUUUUGAAUAGCUGGAGGGUGAGUAGUCGCUUAGUAAGGUACGACACUAGCCCUCCAGCUAUUCAAAAACAGCACUGACACUUAAGGGAAGCUCAAAUUGAGCAUGUCCACUCUUUGAGUAUAAGUGUGAGUGAGUUUUUAGAAUACAGGCGUAAAUCUUUGCUUCACAAACAACUUUACUAUUUCUGGGAGUUUGACCAUAGUUGUAUGUUUUCGUUGCAGGAUUACCUGCCGACAAAACAAGAUGCGCUACAUGCGAGAAAGGCAACUAAAGGCAUAGUCGAACAUGAGUUCGACAUCAAGGGAAUACCAUUCAAAAUGGUUGACGUGGGAGGCCAGAGAUCACAACGUGCUAAAUGGUUUCAAUGCUUUGAAGAAGUUACCUCUAUUUUAUUCCUUGUAUCGUCGAGUGCUUUCGACCAAGUCUUAAUGGAAGAUAGGACAACUAACAGACUUGUCGAGUCGUGUAAUAUUUUUGAAACGAUCGUGAACAAUAAGUUCUUUAGUAAUGUAUCUAUUAUAUUAUUUCUGAACAAGACUGAUUUACUUGAAAAGAAGGUGCAGUCAACGAACCUCAAGGAUUUUUUUCCAAACUAUCAAGGGAAUCCACACAAGCUUAGCGAUGUACAGCAGUUUAUACUACAGAUGUUCGAUAGCAAACGACGGGAGAGGAAUAAAGCACUGUUUCAUCAUUUUACGACGGCCAUCGAUACGGAGAAUAUCAAGUUUGUUUUCCAUGCAGUGAAAGAUACCAUACUUCAGUAUAACUUAAAGGCAUUGAUGCUUCAGUGAGAUUAUGAAAACUAGUUUUAUACAUUGUUGUGUAACAUUCAAUGACACAGAAGAGACGAGGGUCGGUAUUGCAUCUCAUUCAAAUCCAACCGUAGAGUCCUGAAAUGGUCGGCGAGCAAUGCAGUAACUUUGUGACAAAUUUCGGAUGUUUACAGAUACGUUGUCAAUUCAAACAUUUUGUGUGCCAGGAUUUUGUUCAAAAUGCAAUCCAUUCAAAACUACUGUAACGUUGUAGUCUCAUGAUGGUUUGGUCACCAUGCAAAACGUUUUUAACAAAUGAUCAACUGAAAGUAACCAUUGCGCAAAACUGUUUUAACAUUUAUCAAGGAAAUUCUAAGAGGAACUUCUGUGACUUGUGGAUUUUUGGACAUAUGAACAUCCUCGUAGAAUGUAGAUUUUUAGGUUGCAAUUUGCAACUAUUGUCAAGAAGUUGUAACAAUACACCCUUCCAGAAAGUAUGUCAUCUUGACCAUAGAGCCUCAUUUUUUGUGUAUGUGACAUUAGUUAAAGCUGGCUGUGUUGCAAUUAUGAAAACGAGGCUCUAUAGUCAAGGUGAUGUAAGUUUCUGGAAGCGUGUAUCAACAUAUUUUAAUCUAUUCACAGUAGGAACCCAAUGCGACUGUAGUGUCAAAAUAAAGUAUGUUCAAGCCAGAUUUUAAUGCAGGUUAAAAUCCGAUUUGAGUGAACUUUAAAUUUAUUCAAUGACAGUACAGUGAUUCAAAUUCCUACUGAACAGAUGCACAUAUUGUCUGUUCUCAACUAUUCGCAUAAAAAAACAUUGUCUAUAUAUUUUCUCGUCAAACCAUAAUUUAAGCCUGUAAACACACUAUCAAAGUUUCUGUGAUCACAGUAGGAUUUUGAAGUUUUGAAAGAUUUGCAAGAGAUGUUUGAGGGAACAGAUUAAGUGUCACUAAGUCAGUUCCCUCCAAAACCACUUACAGGUUCUUCAAAACUUAGAAUUUACAUAUGCAAAAUUCCUACUGUGAUCACAGAGACUUUCAUAGUGUAAACCAACCUAUGGAAGUGUCAUUAUCUUCAACUUACUUUUUACUAGCUGUUAUUAAAAACAUUAAUUUAUAAUAUAAAGCUUUAAUUAUUCACUUCCUUAAAUUAUGGGUUGUAUGAUAAUAGAUUUCUUUUGUAUGAUUAUAACGUGUUGAAUGUAGAAAAUCAUAAUACCUGUACAUGUUUGGAAAUUUUAUAGCUCUUUAAUUUUAUAUUUAAAAUGUGGAACAUUAUUUCUGUAUUGGGCGAGACACGCCCGUUCUUCGGAUGGGCUUCUCUCUAAUUUUCUGUGUGCGCGGAAUUUAUGUUAAUUAUUUCAUCUUCCGUCAUUGGUAUUUACGAAGACAGCUGUUUCGAAAACCUCCUCCAAUUAGGAGAUUUUCUAAAGAACGAAGCAAUUUCAUUGGGGCGGUUCUAGCAUCGUGUGCAAUGAGGGGUGCAGGUUUUCCAUGGGGUGGUGCAUGAGGGAGCCUUACUGCCCACUCUCCUCUGCAGUCUGCAACACUACUAUCCCAACAUUACCAUCAUUUGAGAUGGCCUAAUCUGCAUGUUCGCCGUUCUGUUACGUUUUACAUUAUCUUUUGUUUUAUCGGCUUUUUAUCACGUACGCGUGACUGGAUAGUUGCUGUAGCACAUUACAGUAAAUUUGCUUGUUAAUGUACUAUAUAUUUGAAAAUAUGGCUGUAUAACAACCUCGACAUGUUUGCACAGUUAACCAUGAUAUUUACUAAAGCAUUCUGAGCAUUUUCUCAUGAGCUCACAAGUUAAUGAAAUCGCGCUAACAGUAGAAGUUCCGCUAAUUGCUAUUCGAAAAAAUGUAUGGUCAAGCAGAUUUUUAGGGUGGUGCUGGACUUCUGUAAGGGGUGCUAGACACCAGUAGGUGAGGUCUUAAAUUAUCUUACAAUAAUCAUGUCUUACUCUUUUAAUCCAGGACUACCUGCCAUCCAAGCAAGAUGCCCUACACGCUCGGAAGGCGACGAAAGGCAUUGUCGAACAUGACUUUGACAUCAAAAACGUUCCGUUCAGAAUGGUAGAUGUGGGCGGCCAACGUUCUCAGCGCGCAAAGUGGUUUCAAUGUUUUGAAAAAGUCACCGCCAUUUUAUUCCUUGUCUCAUCCAGCGCGUUCGACCAAGUCCUAAUGGAGGACCGCAUGACGAAUCGUCUAGUGGAAUCUUGCGAUAUUUUUGAAACGAUCGUGAACAAUAGAUUCUUUGUCAAUGUCUCGGUUAUUCUCUUCCUAAACAAAACAGACUUAUUGGAGGAGAAGGUGAAACGCACUUCGGUCAAAAUGUACUUUCCAAAUUUCCAAGGCGAUCCACAUAAUUUAGGCACCGUUCAAGAUUUUAUAUUACAAAUGUUCGACAGUCGUCGCCGAGAUCGCAGCAAGGCGUUAUUCCAUCAUUUUACAACCGCCACUGAUACGGAGAACAUUCGAUUCGUCUUCCACGCCGUGAAAGACAUCAUUUUGGGGCAAAAUUUGCAGGCGCUUAUGUUGCAGUAGUGAUAUUGAUCUGUAAAUAGGAUGAGGUAGUUCUCUUGUGUCGUAAGUAUUAUGGAAGCUUCUAGGGACUCAUUUUGUCCACAAAGUUCUACAGGGGAUGCAUGCUGUUAACAUUUCUUCAAUGUGAAUCACUACUGUAUGUAGAAAGUAAUCAGUCGUUUCAAAUUUCCUUUGUAAACUCUAGUAUUACGUUUUUUCAUUACGGACCGGUCAUUAUUUAUGGCGGGGGGGGGGGGGUGGCACUGAAUAGGAAUGUUUUUCUUAGUGAAAAUUUUUCUGAUCCAAGUAUUAAAAAGUCAAACGUUUUUUUACCCACCCCACCCCUGGCCAAAAGACUUUACAAACGAACACCAUUCAGUUGUCACACUUGUCUUUUGCAAAGUUCUGCAGUCUAAAGUUUCAUGUAGUCUGCACAUGUACUUUCUUUGGAGACACCAUUUGCCUCCUGACAAAUCGGAAAAUGAUCAAGAUAGUGACUCUGAUUGAUUUCCAUAUUGCAUUGACAUUGUUUUUUGGGUCUUCAAUAUUUGAGUGAGUCAUGCUUUGGAAAUGACAAUAAAUUUUUAUUCCCUAACCCUUGAGUUGUUUUUCAUUUACCCAACCUUUUACUCACUCAGAAUUUUGUUUACCCAACCCUUUUCUCUUCGGUGCCAUAAAUGAUGAUCGCUCCCUAAUAACAUGCAAUGCAUUGGAAUUCUGAUAAAACCAUGCAUAUUAAAAGCAUUUUUGUCAUUGCAAGAUUAAAUGCUGUCAAUGAACGUAUUUUUUAUAUCGGCAACAAAGUGAAUAUCAAAUUGAUGAAUAACACAUUGCAUUUGCACUUACGUCCCUGGGAAAUUGUCCCAUUUAUUAUAUUCAGCUUUUGUAUGACUCAAACUUGACCCAACAUUUAACAAUGUACGAUAAUGACUGUUGAACCAUAGCCUGUCGAAGGGAACAUGGCUGUGAAACUCAUUAGAAUAACAAUAUAACUCAUUAUCUAUGUUAGUCGACGUUUAUUCAUAAAUCUGGUCGUUUCACCGUCACGUGCGUAUUGUAUUUUUACCAAAUCCACCAAUAACAAUUUCCAGUUUCCGUAUUGUUCGAGUCACGGAUAGGUGACUUUCCUAAAACAUUGCUAUUGGUUAGUUGGGCAAGAAUACAAUACACACGUGACGGUGAAGGACCAGAUUUAUGAAUAAACGUUGACCAACAUAGAUGAUGAGUUAUAUUGUUAUUCUAAUGAGUUACACAGCCACCUUCCCUUCGAUAGGCUAUGGUUGAACCAAGUGUUGGACCCGGUUUGAAUGGAAUUCAAGCCUCGUUUACACUAUCAAAGAUUCUGUGAUCACAGUAGGAAUUUUGGACAGGUAACGUUUUGAAGGAUUUGUAAGAAAUGUUUGAGGGAACUGAAUUAGUAUUUACUGUCGUUCCAAUUGAAGUGUUGCUCAAAUAUUGAUUCAAUACAUUACCUGGGGCUGACCAAUUCAUUUCAUCAAGUUCCUCGAGAUAUUCAUACACUUCCUAGUAUAAUUGUAAACUUCCUGUUGAAUAGUUUGAAUGCACCAAUCACCUUUGUUGGUUGUGCAACUAACCAAUCAUAAAUAGAAAGGAAGUGACCAGAAAUGAUCAAAUACUUGGAAUUGGCUCUUUCACAGGAAGUGUAUGAAUAUCUCGAGGAACUUGAUCAAAUGAAUUGGUCAGCCCGAGGUAAUGUAUUGAAUCAAUAUUUGAGCAACACUUCAAUUGGAACGACAGUAACAUUACGUCAGUUUGCUCAAACAUUUCUUACAAAUCCUUCAAAACUUAGAAUUUGCUGAUGCAAAGUUCCUACUGUGAUCACAGAAAAACUUUUGAUGGUGAAGCCAGGCUUUCGACAAUAAUAAACAAAUUUGGUUAACGUUGUUUACAUUGUUGCUACCCUGAGUUCACAACUUCAGAUAGCCAAAUUUGUCUUUGCAUCAAUAUAUAUUCAAAAUGUAUGACUCGUCAUUGAUGAAAGAGUCUAUAAAACAUAUACAACAUUUAAAACAUUUCUGUUCAUUGUUGGUCCAAUAGAGCGUUUGCGCAUGACGUCACAGCCGCCAUGUUGGUGUUCCAAUUCAAAAGAAUUUUAAUUAGACUCUUUUGUCUGGAACACCAACAUGGCCGCCAUGGCUUUUGUUGACUUGGUCCCUGGGGAAUGAGUGCAAACUCUCUGUAGUCCGUAGACAGAUUUGCCUAUCGUUUGUCCACAUCCAAUUCGCAAUUUUUAGAUAACUCUCAUGUCUAGUUACUAUUGAGGGCAUAGAGAUUAUAAAUAACACUAGAGGAGGCAUCGAGGUUAAAAAUUGGGAACGCAGCUAAUGGGGGGCAAAUUCAAGUCUCCGAUAUAAAAUCAUGCCCUCAUUGGCUGAUUUGAAACUCGUCACCAAUGGAAACAUGAAUACCCAUCCGGGACUUAAAUUCCCAAUAGUCGCGUUCCCUUUUUUUGACUGAAUUAAGAUUACAAUGCCUCCUCUUGUGUUAUUUAUAAUCUCUAUGAUUGAGGGUGGGAAAGGGGGGGGGGUACGGGUCACGUUUCACAACGAAAAAAAAAGCCGUUUCACGAUUCACGUGUCUUAAAAAAGAAAUUUCACGGAAAACUAGAUUCUAAUAAAAUAAUAGGUUUAUUAAGAGUAUGUUUAAUGCAUGGUACAGUAUCUACGCUUUAAGUUCUCUCACUUCUCUACCUGUCAGUUAAAAACUACCUCAUAACUUACAAGUUUGAGUGACGAGUAUGUCCGAUAACCUCCGAAAGGCCUCCGAAGUUUUUACUCUUGCGCAACGAGUGAGAUCGAUCAUAUAAAUUAAUAAACAAAGCAAAAUCACAGUUCACGAAACAGACAUCCUUAAUUCUCAUUUCACGGAGCAUUUUUUAUCGAGAAUCACGCCUCACGGCUGUAGAACAAAUCACAUUUCAUGACACUAAAAUCAAGCAUUUCAUAUUUCGCGCGAACAAAUGUUGACGAUUCACGGCUCACGAAAAUACCCUUUCCCACCGUCCCUAUUGUUCUAGUUUACAGAAACAUGGAAUAAAACAAAAGCUAACAAAGGUAACUAAGCUUUAGAAUGAUCUACAUGAAUGAAUGACUCUUAACAAUUCUAAUGCUUAGUUUCCUCUUUGUUCUACUAGGCAUGUGAGUCAUAAUGGAACUAUUUACUUGAAUUAACUAAACAUGUCAGGGGCCAGUUGUUCAAAGCUAGGUUAGCGCUAACCCUAGGUUAACCUAAGAUUCAAAGCAAACUUCCUAUAAAUUUGGAAAUAUUUCUUCAGAGAUCUUGUCUGGAUCGAUAGGAGUUUACUUCUCUGAAGUUUUGAAAUAAACUAAAUAAAUACAUAAACUGAAACAGCAGGUUAAAUUUUAACCCAGGGUUACCGCUAACCCAGCUUUGAACAACCGACCCUGAUGUAUAACUGUACAACGUAAUACUAAAUCUUACAUCACACCAAGUACACAUGACUCACUAACUAGCAGGCUAGUCACGUGACUUUAUAUAGUCGCUUGAUCUAUGGUGGGAUAAUAUCAAUUUUGCAACAGAGUGAAAAUAUUAACCAGUCUAGUUGAGAAACACUCUGUAAUGUAAUUUGCUGAAUAAAAUUUGACUUAAUCUCAAGUAUUCUUGUAAUUUAAACUAUGCAUUUUCGUGUCGGUAUUAUAAAAAUGUUUCCAUGAAAUGUUUUCACCCCUCCUGCAUAUGUAUAUUGAUAAGGCAGAUUUACACCACACAACUUUUGCCUAAAACUGUCGCAUGCAACCUGCUUACAACUUCAGUUGUACUGUGUAAAUCAAGCAUACAACUUACCUACGACAACGUAAGUGAGUUGUGUGUUUGAUGUACACAGUACAACUCAAGUUGUAAGCAGGUUGCAUGCGAUAGUUUUAGGCAAAACUUGUGUGAUGUAAAUCGACCUUUGGGAAACAGUCUAUAUGGGGACAGCUAAUCUACCUUAGUUCCUCAAAGUCCUCAGCCAAAGAUACGACACAGACACACAUUUGUAACGUAUUGUAACCUAUCUCUUCUCAGAGGAAUCUACAGUUAGGUAUUUCGCGAGUUGUGUGUCCAUAUAUUCACCACAUUCCUUAACGAACUGUCCCCAGUUUGAAAUCACGAAGCCAACCACCCAAACUGUCGCUGAUAUUCCAAGCGCUGCAAGUGUGGUGAAGAACAAAGCUGAUACUAACACACAAGUUCCAAAAGCCAGCAAUGUUCCUUCGACCAGUAGAAAACCGAUUAACAGAAAUAUAAACGAACACAGAGCGAAAGCAACGAAGAGGAGUAAGGGUAGAGCUGAAAUGAUAGCAAAGAUCAAAGUGAAGAUGGUUAAUGGUGGAUUACGUUUGAGAAUGGUUGGUAGCUCUUGCAGUGAUGCUGGUAACAUGGAAUGGUAUCUGGUUAAUAAUUCUUCUACCCCUCUCGUGUCCAUUGGCUCCAUGGCAAGUAUUGGAGGAUGAUACUUUGUGAAGUUUUGCUUUUUGAAGGUACU